AUGUUCGUCCGGGGCCGUGGUCGAGGCAGGCCGAAGCUGAUCGGCGACGAGCUCGACAUGCACCUCGUCGAAUAUAUGGUUCAGUACAAAAAAGCCGACGUUGGCCAGCACCUGACGGCGUCGCGUGCUCUCGACAUUGCCCGUGACUACAUCGUCGCCAAGGCGCCCGGCUUGCUCGAGGAGCAUGGUGGACAGAUCAAGCUCAAAAUCACGUGGGCCAUGAAGCUGGUGCAGCGAGUGGCGGAACGGGAGCGCGAGAUCGAGCUCGGCCUCCCACCGGGCACCCUGCAGAAUUUGGGCCGUAUGGUGCAGCACUUGCCGCAGAAUGCUCCCGUCGAUUUCGAGGCCCUCUUCCAGGCUUUUGCCCAGAGCGCUGCCCAGCAGAAUAACAUGCCCACCAACGAGAACGCCGUCACGCCCGAAAUUAUCAAGGGCCAAGAGAUUGACCUGGUCGCUCUGUUGGGACUUUGCCAAGAAGCUGGGGCCACGGAGGGCCAAUGCGAGGGCGAGGAGGAAGAUGGCGACAAUGACGAGAAGGAGGUCGAGAGCGCACCCUCCAUCUCACCGCAAAGCGCCGAGGAGCCGCUGGAGAACGGCGAGCAGCAGCCGCCCCCCUCCCAGUCCAACUCGCACCAGAACUUCAUCUACGCUUCG